UAAAAAUCAGGGAAACCCCUUAUUCAUAUGUUUGGAAAAAUGAACAAUCCUCUUCAAGUAUAUAUAUAAAUACGACCGGGGCUUUCGUUCAUUAAAACUAUUCAACUUUAACAUUAAUUAUAACAGGAUUUGGAACUUGACAAGACGAACAUGAAGAUACAGCUCUAUUCUUUUUGCGUCCUAUCAACAUUGCUGUCUUUGGGCUAUGGCCAGCCCUGGUCAGCUAAUCUGGGAUUGGGAACCGGAAAUAAAGGACCGGAACUUAAGCUUACAGUCGGACACAAAUCCGGAAAUUGGAAUUUUAAAGGAUGGGGCUCUACCAAUUUUGGUGGUGGUUGGAAAGCCGGAGUGAGCGUAGGAAUCCGGUUCAAAAGGUCAACGAAUGACGUUCCACGAAAAUUUAGCAUUUUAAUCCAAGCCAAUCAGUGCCACUUCAAUAGCUACGAUGAUAAUUUGGACGAUUUCAUAACUCUGGAGGAAAUGACCAACUUGUUUGAAAACCCAGAAUUCGGAUCUCAGCUAUUUUAUGAUCUUGAUAUCAACAAAGGAGAUGGUCGAAUCACAAAAGAGGAAUUCGACGAAAUGGCGCCACUCGUAAUCAAUGGAUGCGCCAGUUAUUAGUCACAUUACGUUACCGAAAGUGAUGUAAUUGUAAUCCGUUCGUAAAAUGAUUUCAGGGAAAUUACACAUACAGUCCCACAACAAUCCGAAAGUGCAAUACUUUAUUUUAUAUACAAUGUUUGUUGUUAUUAUUAUGUGAAUUUUGUAUAUUUCAAAUGUGUCCUGAUAGAUGAAAUAAAUUGUAUUGAAGAACAAA